AUGCCGCGUGAGCUGAUCACUUUGCAAGCUGGCCAGUGUGGCAACCAAAUUGGAUCCCAAUUCUGGGAGCAUCUUUGUCGUGAGCAUGGAAUUGCGCAAGAUGGUACCCUAGAGGAUUUUGCGACAGAAGGACAAGGCGGCGAUAGGAAAGACGUGUUCUUCUAUCAAGCGGAUGAUGAGCACUAUAUUCCGCGUGCUAUUCUGGUGGAUUUAGAGCCAAGGGUAAUCAACAAUAUUAUGACAGGGCCCUACAAAAGCUUGUACAAUCCGGAAAACGUAUACAGAAACGAAUCGGGUGGGGGUGCUGGUAACAACUGGGCCCAGGGCUAUGCAGCCGGCGAGAAGGCAGCCGAUGAGCUGAUUGAGAUGGUGGAUCGUGAAGCUGAUGGAAGCGAGAGUCUAGAAGGUUUUUUUUUGCUGCAUUCGAUUGCAGGUGGUACGGGCUCUGGUCUUGGCUCCUUCCUGUUGGAACGGCUGAAUGAUGCUUUCCCGAAGAAGUUGAUUCAAACAUACAGCGUGUUUCCCAACUCAGAGGAGACAUCCGAUGUGGUGGUGCAGCCAUAUAAUUCCGUACUCACUCUUAAGCGUCUGGUGAGCAACGCGGAUAGUGUAGUGGUGCUGGACAAUGCAGCACUGAGCCGCAUUGCGAGUGACCGUUUACACCUUCAAAAUCCAAGUUAUAACCAGACGAAUCAGCUGGUGAGCACAGUGAUGGGUGCUUCUACGACGACGUUGCGGUAUCCCGGCUAUAUGAACAACGACUUGUGUGGUAUUCUUGCUUCUUUAAUCCCCUCGCCACGCGCACACUUUUUGAUGACGUCCUAUACGCCGUUUACAUCGGACAACGUAGAUCGUGGUAAGGCUACCAUGAAAACUACUGUUCUAGAUGUGAUGCGUCGAUUGUUGCAACCUAAGAACCGCAUGGUAAGCCUGACGGGGGCUAGCAAGACGAGCUGUUACAUGUCUGUGCUGAACAUUAUCCAAGGCGAGGUAGAUCCACGUGAUGUGCACAAGAGUUUGCUGCGUAUUCGCGAACGUCACUUAGCGAGUUUUGUGCCAUGGGGCCCUGCAAGUAUUCAAGUGGCGCUAUCGCGUCGCAGCCCGUACGUUGCAAGCUCGCACCGCGUGAGUGGCUUGAUGCUUGCCAACCAUACCGGUAUUGCGAGCAUGUUCAAGCGAACGGCCGAUCAGUAUGACCGUCUUCGGAAACGCAACGCCUUCUUGGAUAUGUACAAACGUGAAGCCAUGUUCUCUAGCGACCUCUCGGAAUUUGAUGAGGCUCGCGAAACUGUGGCAGAGCUAAUGGCCGAAUACCGAGCAGCAGAGAAAGAUGACUAUGUGCUAGGCUCGCUCGCAGCGUAG